CACAGGCGCUGUGUAUAAGCCUCGACGUGGUCUUGAAGUUCAUAAGUUCGCAAUGUCCUUCAGGAUGGCAGUAGACGGCCUCCAGUACGACGUUGUACUUGAGGGAUUUGGUGACACGCAGCUCAUCUUGUAGUAUAUCGAGCACCACUUCGUUAGCAGCUUCAAUAAAUGGCGAUCAUAAUCAUGGCCCUAGCAGCAAAACUCAACACCCUGGAGAAAGGACCAUACCUCCCUAAGAUCGACGUUUCGGCGCUUACUAACAAAGAGGGCUACUCCAUUGUGGCAGGGAGGGCAGUAAACACCAAAUACGGAGCGUCCAUCGUCCUAGACAUCCAUGUGCCAGAAAAGAGUGCCGACUUCUGUAUAUUCUUACCAAAGCGGUUCAGCGAGGCGUUGAGUUCAGAUGAACUGAAGGAAAUCGCUGAGAGCAAGGCAUAUCGGGUUCAAUACUUGGGGAUGAGCGGGAACUCUCCGAAUAUAAAAAUUUGGAAACAAUAAAUGUUUGAUAUUUGCUCACUGAAUACAUAUUUAGUUUAUUCAGUCCUUUUUUAGUCUUAAGUACUGUAUGUAGAUGUAGACAUGUGUAUUUUACGCAAGCGUUACUUAACUUAGUGUCAGCUCUCUAGGUCAGACAGGUUGCGCUGAGUUGCAUUCAUGACCUAGUGCGCCGAAUUGAAAGUGAAUUCACUUUCUACUGCAAUCACUUGUACAGCCAGCCAUGACAUUCACCUCGCACUUAUACUCGCAACAGCGGGCUGGUAAUUACAGCUCUGCUGUAACCUCUACUUGUCUGCUAACCAAUACUUACAUACUUCUUAUAUAUACAGUGCUUAGUGCCUACAGUCUACACAAACUAACAUACAGUUUUAACCUGCACAAGUCGUCGUCGCUCGCUCGAGGAC